UAUCUAUAUAUAUAAAGGUAGCUGGCGACCUGGCAGGCCAAGUUAGUUGUGACCGACGAGCUCCAGGACUCGCACGCGCUCCCCCCUCUUCUCCGUCAACCUCACCAUCAUGCUGUUCCUCGUGGUGCUCAUGGCGGCCGCCUGCGCCGCCACCCCCAUCGGCGAGUACGGCGGCGGGAUCUCCCUGGGCGGGCUGGGCUACGGCGGCGGCGGCGGCUACGGCGGCCACGGCGGCGCCAGCUCGUACGCGUCCAUCAGCGCGCCCGUCAUCAGCCACGUCAGCCACGCGCCCGCCCUCGCCAUCAGCCACGCGCCCGUCAUCAGCCACCAGCCCGUGUACUCCAAGGCCAUCGUGGCUGAGCCCAUCGCGCACCCGAAGUACGAGUUCGCCUACGGAGUCAAGGACGCCCACACUGGCGACGUCAAGGACCAGAAGGAGAUCCGCGACGGCGACGUGGUGAAGGGCGAGUACUCGCUCAUCCAGCCCGACGGCACCAAGCGCACCGUCCACUACACCGCCGACGGCCACAACGGAUUCAACGCCGUCGUCACCAUCAGCGGCCACGCCGUGCACCCGCAGGUCGUCCAGAAGGUGGUCGCCGCUCCCGUGGUGCACGCCGCGCCCGUGGUGCACGCCGCCCCGGUGCUCAGCCUGAGCCACGGUGGUUACGGCGGCGGCUCCAUCGGCGGCUACGGCGGUGGCUCCAUCGGCGGCUAUGGCGGAGCCUCGUCCUACUCGUCCAUCUCCUCCCUGAGCAGUCAUGGCGGCCUCUCCCUGGGAGGCCUCGGCGGCCACGGCGGCUACUAAGUCAUAGUCAUUCUCCUCCAGCGGCGCGACGGCCGAAGCCCCAUCACCCCCUUCCCCCCUCCAUACGGCCAUUUUAGUUGUGGAUAACCAACUGUGUACAUAGCUCAGCGACGCACUGAAAUAAAUUUAUUACUUAUUUAUAGAAGAAA